AUGAACCGCUCGUCCGCUUCCACCUACUCGGCCAUCUCAAAGCACUCGAUACCGCCGCCCGGCUCUGUCCUCACCGGCAAACAAGAGCACUACCUCAAGCGCGAACUCAUCUCACAACAGACAGAAUGGGAGAUCUCGGAGCUGGCCUCGGAGACGGCUCUACAGCGGUUCGGCGCUCCCUUCAAAUCAGAUGCUGGUGAGGUCGCUCCAGAGGACUCGGAGUUGCCUUUGUUGCGCUACAUGUUCGUUCACCAUGUCCGCAACUUCCCUUUCCUCGAUAGGGCAAGAGAGAAGGAGUUCUGGCAAGACAAAUUGCAGACGUUCCUCGAAUCGUUUGCGACCAAGCGCAUAUCCUCAUCCGAAGACCGUCUAGAAGAAACGAAACGCCGCAAGCUUGCAGUAAAAGCACAGAAGCUGGUUGAGUUGAUGAUGGUGUCUGGAUUGCCCACUGCAUCUGGAUACGAAGAGCGCAUUCGCUUCUCGGAAAUGGAGGUGGUUGAUCGACAAGCCAACGAGCAGGGUCUUGCUAUGAACGUACCGGAAGGUCACCAAAUAAACGGCUGGGAUGUCAACGUCGCCUCGGUGCGAACAACCAGUGUCAAGAGACACGUACGCCAUCAUGCCCAUGCAGAGUUCUUGCUCCGCGUCAAGCGUCAAGGUCAGCCUGAGAUCUACGUUGGAAGGAGGUACAGCGAAUUUGCACAGAUGCACAAGAGGCUACGUCUUGAGAUCCCCGGAAAGGUCCUACCGCCGCUACCUCGCAAGAACCACUCCAACUCAUUGUACACCAAGGACGAUGACGAUGAUGACUCCAUCUCUUCUGUUUCGACCCAGGACGUAAAGGAGGCUGCUUUAGACGAGCCGGCACCAGCUGCCAGUGGUUUCCGCAGCUACCUUCCCAACCCCUUCGGAGGUGGUCAUCGUCGUACUGCCUCAAGGUCAUCACAGCAAACAUCCUCUCCUCGAGCUUCCAUGGACGCGUCUUCGACGUCGAGAUUCGCUCGUAAAUCUGGUGACUACCACAGAGACCACUCACCACCCAAAGUGUUAUACCGAGAAGAACAGCGUGUCUCAUUACGCGCUUUCCUGCGCAACUUCCUGCAGAAUGAAAGCAUUGCCCACAGUAACGCUAUGAACGACUUCUUGACUGGCAACAUCAUCAGGCUGAAUGAAGAAGAGAUGGAUGAUGUUCGAAGACGCAUCGAAAUGGAUGAGAAGCGUAUUGAAGAACAACGGCGUUUCUACGAGAUUGCACGUCAAAGAGCAAGAGAGCUCGAUGUUCACAUGGAGAAGUUCAGAAGAGACGUCGUCGAAAGCAAUGGAUUGACUAAGCUUUUCACCGAGAUCAAACAGAAGAACACGAUUGCAGAACUGUCUCCCGAGUACAAGAAGUUUGCCGAGUGGCUCCGUAUUGAGGUGGCAGCCGUGAUAUAUCACUUGUUCCUGGCCGAAGACAACAGCCCGGAACUGUUCGCCCAAGCCAAACGCAUCCACUCAUUGAUACCCUACACAGCCCUGAAGCAAGUUAUCCGCUUCGCAAACCCAGCUGCCGUCAUGGCUGGCGUACUCGACUUGUUCCUUGCCCAGCCCUUCGGCGCUAAAUCGUUGCUUCAACGAAUAUUCUCCUUGGCCCUCGGCGACAGCAUCAGGACCGUCCAGAAGAGCAUCGAUGGACUCACGGCCAAGAUCAACGAGCCCGUCUUCUGUGAGAAAAUCAAGAACUACAACCAAUGCGAUCAAGACCUUAAGGACGCUAUUCGAUUGGAAGCCGCUCAAGAUGAUAUCGAUCUCUUGGUCGCAAUUCUACGCAGUGAAGAUAUCAAACCGGAGUUGAAGCCUGAGGAGAUCGGCAAAGCUUUCAAUGCCUAUGUGGCCUGGAACAGUGCUGUCGAGAACAUCGAUGAAGAGUUGAGAUCAGGUGCUGAGACCUUUGCUCAUCUGAAGCAAUUGUUGAAGCUCUACACUCGUCAACGGGAUAAGACUAUGAUGUUGCGAAUGAUUGAAGAGCCCACGACUCUACAGCUCUUCCGCGACCUUUUCACCAUCUUCUACGAGCCUCUUGUCCGAGUUUACAAGUCUGCCAACGUCUACAACAGCAUUUCUGAUUUCGCACGCUUCAUGGACGACAUGAUCUCUGUCGUGGAGAAGUCUCAACGGCAAGACGUAUCCGCCGAUCCUAACCAGACGGUCCAAGCCUUUAUUGACCUGUGCGCAAGACACGAAGACUCAUUCUACAAGUUCGUGCACGAAGUACAUCUUCAUGACAAUGGCCUCUUCGAUCAACUCAUGGGUUGGAUCGAGAACAUCCUCUCAUUCCUCCGCAACGGUCCCCGCGGUGGUGGUAAACUAGACAUGAAUGCACUCUUCCAAGGUGCCGUCGAGAUGCGACAGAUCGACAAGGACGUCGCCGUUCGCGAAAUCAAUUCUCUCAUCAAGUGGCAAGAAAAACGCAAGAAGUGGCAUCAAGACAAGACACGACAAAAGAUGGCAACAGGCGACGCACCUUCCGCUUCCAACAUGCCCGACAGCGGCGCCUCCGAUCUCAUAUCCUCCUUCAAACCCGACGAUUUCGGCCUCAACGCUCUGGACAUCCAAGAUCUCAAUGACGACGACGAUGAAUACAGUUCCACAGACGACGACGAGGAAGACGCCGACCCCAUCGCCGCCGAACGGAAGAGAAGAGCCAGACGCCAAGACUUCCUCAGGAGGAAUGCCGGCGAACCUGUCAAGCCUGAUAUCGUGGAAGUCACAAAGAUGAGAGAAGGGUUUAUCACUAUGCUUAGAAUGGUGUUGGCGGAGUAG